AUUCUCAACAAAUAUUUAUUUUUAACUUCUAAGCCAGCACUCUACCUCGUCAACCUGUCUGAAAAAGAUUACAUUAAGAAGAAGAAUAAAUGGUUGAUCAAAAUCAAAGAAUGGGUUGAUAAAAAUGAUCCGGGAUCACAAAUCAUUCCAUUUUCCGGCGUUUUCGAACAAAGGUUACUCGAGGAAGAAGAUCCAAUAUUGAGAAAAAAAAUUCUCGAAGACAACAAUACAACUAGCGCUCUUGAUAAAAUCAUAGUUCAAGGAUACAAGUCUCUGCAGUUAGAAUACUUCUUUACCUCUGGACCAGAUGAAGUGAAAGCUUGGACGAUACAGAAAGGCACAAAGGCACCUCAAGCAGCAGGACGCAUCCAUACAGAUUUUGAGAAGGGUUUCAUCAUGGCUGAAGUUAUGAAGUUUUCAGAUUUCAAAGAAGAAGGUUCCGAGUCAGCUUGUAAGGCAGCAG